UAAUGGGAAUGAACACUUGACCAAUAUCUUGCCAGUUUGUAGUACUUGGUUGCUGAAAACACAUCUGCCCCAUUGUCUUCCACUGGGACUUUUGUGCUGCGGGAGUUUCGUUUUUAGAAAAGAUAAAAGUCCUUAAAGGAGAAAACUAUUAGAACUCAUGAUCAUUUCUUUAUGCUGGAGUUUCAUGUUCGCUUUCCGAUUACGAGAUGUAUUGCCUUUUGCUGUUGAUCCUCUUAUUUUGCAGCAAGGCGAAAAGUCAAGAUAACGUGUUCACUAUCAAUAAAGUUUCACUCCAGGCUUUUCCACAAAACGAAAUACACAAAGGAGUACCACUCAUCCUCAACUGUUCUGUGGAUAUUAGCAAGAAUGAACAUUUCCGACUGAAUUACACGUUUUCAUUUUUCAAGGAUGGUGAGCUUCUGUUCACUAACACAGUUGAACAAGAUAGCGCCCAGUAUACAAUCUCACGGGCUAGAUUUUCUUCUUCAGGACAAUAUGAAUGUUCAUUAAGUGUUGAGGAGAAAAAAAAAUUCAGUGACCCUUUGAUCAUUAAAGUUGAAGGCAUAAUGAAGCCGGAAUUGAGUGUCCUGAAAACAGAAGUGAUGGAAGGUGAAAAUGUACUUUUACGCUGUGAACUGCCAGAAGAAAAGCCACCUUUAUUUUUCACAUUUUAUAAAACUAAACAGUCUGCAAAUGGAGUUGUACAUGACAGAAAACGAAUAUCGAAAGUUGAAAACUUUGUUGAGUUAGAAUUUCCCAUUGAUGCCGGAGACAGUAUUUUAAAUUUUGAAUGUGCUGUCCAGAUGAAUUUAGUGACAGGAUCUCAAGCUUCAGGGCGCAGUAACCGAACAAUAGUCACAGUUUCAGAACCAUUUUCUGUUCCUAAAAUAACCAUCGACCCACCACAGAAUAUUACCGAAGGGGAUAAGAUUUGUAUAACAUGUUCAACUGUCCUACUUCGCCAGGAUCAAACUGAAAUUAUCUUGCAGAAAAAUAAAACAAUUCUGAAUAGCACAAAGGGCAGAGAGACCCUAACAUAUUGCAAGAUAGUCAAGUUGGAAGACAAUGGCAAUUAUAUUUGCACAGUGGAGCAUGGAAGUGUAUCUAAAACCUCUAAAGAAGAACUUGUGGUGACUGAACUGUUUUCCAAACCGAUGUUAGUGGUUAAUAAAACCAAGUGGGACGAAAACAGCAUCGUACAAAUUCAGUGUCAAGUGAAUGGCCCAAUGCCGAUCAGUCUCUCGCUCAUAAAGGACAACAAAAUAUUGAUAAACUCCAACAUUUACACGGCUCAACUCCGUGUAUCUGACAGUGGAAUCUAUAUGUGUAGAGCAGAGAUAAACAACAUUUCCAAGGAAAGUGACCCAGUAUUUCUCCACAUUUACGCUCCAGUUUCUCUGCCUGUCCUUUCUCAACCAUUUUCCCAAGUAGGUGUUCUGGAUAAGUUCUUUGUCUUACAAUGCUACUCAAAGUUUGGGACUCUGCCUAUAACAUACUCCCUUUACAGAGGGAAUAUAUAUAUCAGGAAGAUUGUGACUGAACAAAAUGUGCCAGCAAACUUUACAGUCAAAGCGACUAGCAUCCAAGAGUCUGGACAAUACAGGUGCCAUGCUAACAAUGGCCACUCUCUUUCACAACAAAGCAACAGGAUAAAUGUCACAAUAAUAGCUCCUGUUGCUAAUAUAACUUUUAAAAGAGAACCAGAGGAGAACAUAGAAGAUGGCAAUGGACUCGUAUUUUUCUGCUCAGUUGCAUCAGGAUCCUUCCCUAUUGAGUUCCACUUUUUUAAAGAAAAUGAUGGCAAAUCCUUACAUCAGGUCAUAGAAAAGAAAAAACGGGUAGUUUCUUGGGCGAAGGAAAGCUUCACAAGCCAGGAUGAAGGGAGUUACUUCUGCAGAGCUGACAACCAAGCAAAAUCUUUUGUGGAAAGCCAGAAGGUCCUAGUCAAGGUUGUCAUGGCUUCGUGGAAGAAAGGACUUAUUAUAACCGCAAUCCUCCUGAUUUUUCUUGCUGCUAUAAUUACAAUCAUUUGGUUGAAUUGUCGUUCAAAAGCAAACGCGAAAAGCAUUUCUACGGAGUUGGCUGUAUCCAAAAGAGCAACCAAUUCAGUGGAUGGGAAACGGAUAACAGGACAAAAUAAUGAAGGAGAAUUCUAUUAUGGUUCGGGGUAUAAUGAAGAUGGUGAAAAAAAUCAUAUCAGUGCAAAAGAGGAUAAUAGAGGAUCUGACCUUGAGGUUCCUGAAGUGGAAUAUACGGAAGUACAAGUAUCGGUGCCUGACCCUUACCGAGCUCCUGUAACAAAUAAUGAGACGGUUUAUACUGAAAUCAGAAAAACUAUUAAUGAUGCCGGGGAGAACAGACAUUCUAGAAUAGAACCUUCUCCUGAUGGGACUUAGGAAAAGGUGGCAGAGGAAAUCUGUGAAAACAAGAUGGAGGAUGUCCUACCUGUUCCAGUUAUUCUGCAGCAUUUAGGUGCUUUCAGAAGUCGCACUUUGCUUGAGCGGUUGGUAACCCCUGUGGGGUGAACCGAGCAUCUACAGUAUACAGUACUUUUGCUGUUUGCCAUUGCCAUCCCAUAACCCAGUGAGGCACACUUUCCAAAUGAUUGUUCCAUAUUUUCUUUAAUGCCAUUCUUAAAUGGAAGCAUGUUUUUUACAAGAAGUAUUUGCCAUCUUAGUUGGUUGUUUUUAAUCUUUCAAGCCAGAAAAUAAACCUACCAGAUACAUUAUGUGGUAGUAACUUCCCUGUCCUAGAAAACCAUUUAAGCAGUCUGGCAAUGAAUUUGCAGGCACAGUUGAUACUGCUGGUAUCAACAUUUCAAAGCAGUGGCUUCCAGAUUGAAAUGUGGUCUACACAAAUCUUUCACAUGGAAAAGCAAAAUGUUGUGUAACAUUUCAUGUCACUUUUGCACCAUCAAUGAAAUGUGUCGGUUCUCCUUGGCCAAAUAAGUGGUAAGAAAUGUUUAUUCAUGUGCCUGUCUUCUGUCACAAAUAUCCGUUUGCCAUGGAUCAAAAAAGUGCCCUUAAAGGAGCUGCCAUUUGAAAUGUGCAAUUAGAUAGAGCUAUUACUUGCUCUAACGAAUAGCUUUUCUAUUACAUCUGACUCCUCAGAGCUGGACAGUUCCCAUAAGAACCAAAUGCCAUUCUGGCAAUAGCUUUUAAAUAAGUACAUCUGUGCUAAGAGUUUGAUUUUUUCCCCCCAAGAGAUUAAUCAAUUGUGGUGCAGCCUUGAAUUUUAAUUGCUGCUUGUCAAAUAAUCCCAAAUAAUUUCUUUGAACUCUAAAAUCCUCAUGACUGGUGAGCU